GAUAGAGUAAUAAACUCAAAAUUUAGUACUACUAACUAAAUGAAAACUUUGGUUGGGGACUAAAACAUUAUUUCUCCCAAAAUAAAAACAUUCAUCACUUCCAUACAAUUCAUAAGAGCUAUGCCUUCAGAAGCUUUAUUUCCUUUAUCUUCAGCCAUAUUACCCCUCAGAGACAGAGUCGCCGUUGUUACCGGAGCUUCUCGUGGUGUCGGAAAAGCCAUCGCUCUCCACUUGGCAUCACUUGGCGCCAAACUUCUCAUCAAUUACGUCUCAAACUCAUCCCAAGCCAAUCUCGUCGCUUCUCAAAUCAACUCCUCAUUUCCCGGCACCGCCGUCACUCUCCAAGGCGACGUCUCCGAUCCGGCUACCGUUUCCGCCCUCUUCGACAAGGCCGAGCACGCUUUCAACUCCCCUGUCCACAUCAUCGUCAACUCCGCUGGAAUCGCCGAUCCCGAUAGGCGAACCCUAGCCGACCUUCCCUUGGAGGAUUUCGACAGAAUUUUCAGUUUUCCAGUGUAAAUGUAAGAGGAUCGUUCCUAUGCGCGCGGGAGGGUGUGAGGAGAGUGAAACGCGGCGUCGGUUAAUUUUCAUAACAUAAUUAGACUCUCAAACAAUUGAAUUCCAAAUGAUAAAAUUUGAACCAUUCAACAUAUAUAAGUAUGACAAUUUCAAUACUUUAAUUAUUGAAUUAUAACACUAGUACAAGUUUGUAUA